AUGGGUCCUCCAGGGGGAAAGAUCAACCGGCCCCGAUUGGAACUGAAGAAGAAGCUGUUCAAGCGCAGGUGGGUAUUGAACCGGGAGUGGCGACUGAGGCACCAGGUGGUGGGGGCUGUGGUAGAUCAAGGGCUGAUCACGCGCCACCAUCUCAAGAAGCGGGUGUCCAGUGCACGUGCCAACAUUACUCUGUCAGGAAAAAAACGCAGAAAACUCCUCCAGCAGAUUUGGCUUGCCCAGAAAGAGAAGACAGCCAUGGAGGUGGAAGCCCUCUCAAAGCCAGCCAGGACUAGUGAACCACAGCCCAAACAGCCAAAGAAGGCCAAAGCCCCUCAGGAUGUAGACAUGGAGGACCUUGAAGAUGAGAGCUGAAA